GGUGCCCGGCCUCCGUAGAGAAAAUUCGGGGCGGGCCCGCGAGCGGGAGUUUCUGCGUUUGCGCAAAGAUGGUGGAGGAGGAUAGUGUCCGCGUGGUUCGUUGUGGCGGCAGCGAGUUGAACUUUAGGAGAGCGGUGUUUUCUGCGGAUUCUAAGUAUAUCUUCUGUGUCUCUGGAGACUUUGUUAAAGUUCAUAGCACAGCUACAGAAGAAUGUGUACACAUAUUGCAAGGGCACAGAAAUCUGGUGACUGGAAUCCAGCUCAACCCCAACAAUCAUCUACAGUUGUAUUCUUGUUCCUUUGAUGGCACGAUUAAACUGUGGGACUAUAUAGAUGGCAUUUUAAUAAAGACUUUCAUAGUAGGGCAUAAACUUCAUGCCCUCUUUACUCUAGCCUGUGCUGAGGAUUCUGUCUUUGUUAUAAUAAAUAAAGAAAAACCAGAUAUAUUUCAGCUGGUUUCGGUGAAACUGCCAAAAUCAUCAAGCCAGGAAAUAGAAGCUAAGGAGCUCUCCUUUGUUUUGGAUUAUAUAAACCAGUCACCCAAGUGCAUUGCCUUUGGAAAUGAGGGAGAAUAUGUUGCUGCAGUACGGGACUUUUACUUGUCUGUCUAUUUUUUCAAAAAGAAGACAACAUCAAGGUUUACUUUAUCAUCGUCAAAAAAUAAGAAACAUGCGAAGAACAAUUUUACCUGCGUAGCAUGUCACCCAAAGGAAGAUUGCAUAGCAACUGGUCACAAGGAUGGCAAAAUUCGUCUUUGGAGGAAUUUUGAUGAUGAUAAGAAAUACACAUACACAUGUUUACAUUGGCACCAUGAUAUGGUUAUGGAUUUGGCUUUUUCAGUGAUGGGCACCAGUCUGCUGAGUGGUGGUCGUGAAUCUGUCCUUGUAGAGUGGCGUGAUGCAACAGAGAAGAAUAAGGAGUUCCUCCCCCGUUUGGGAGCUACUAUUGAACAUAUCUCAGUCUCGCCAGCAGGGGAUUUGUUCUGUACUUCUCACUCUGAUAACAAGAUAAUAAUAAUUCACCGAAACCUUGAGGCAUCUGCUGUAAUUCAAGGUCUAGUGAAAGACAGCAAUAUCUUUACCGGUUUGAUGAUUGACCCCAGAACUAAAGCUUUGGUUUUGAAUGGAAAACCUGGCCAUUUGCAGUUUUAUUCUCUGCAGCAUGAUAAGCAGUUAUACAAUUUAGAUAUAAUACAACAAGAAUAUAUCAAUGAUUAUGGUCUGAUCCAAAUCGAGCUAACAAAGGCUGCAUUUGGCUGCUAUGGUAACUGGCUUGCAACAGUGGAACAACGACAAGAAAAGGAAACAGAGCUUGAAAUGCAAAUGAAACUGUGGAUGUAUAAUAAGAAAACACAAGGGUUUGUUCUUAAUACAAAGGUUAGCAUGCCACAUGAAGACCACAUCACAGCUCUCUGUUUCUGUAAUGCAGAAAAACUUGAAAACCCCACCUUGGUUACAGCUAGUAAAGAUGGUCACUUCAAAGUGUGGAUAUUAACAGAUGAUUCUGAUAUAUACAAAAAAGCUGUUGGCUGGACCUGUGACUUUGUGGGUAGUUAUCACAAAUACCAAGCAACUAACUGUUGUUUCUCUGAAGAUGGCUCUCUACUAGCAGUUGGUUUUGAGGAAAUAGUUACAAUAUGGGAUUCAGAGACGUGGGAACUUAAAUGUACAUUUUGUCAACGAGCUGGAAAUAUAAGGCAUCUUUGCUUUGGGAGAUUGACUUGUUCAAAGUAUCUUCUUGGUGCUACUGAGAAUGGCAUUCUUUGCUGUUGGAAUCUGCUCAGUUGUGCACUGGAAUGGAGUGCAAAAUUAAACGUUAGAGUUAUGGAACCUGAUCCUCAUUCAGAGAAUAUUGCUGCAAUCUCUCAGUCUUCAGUGGGUUCAGACUUGUUUGUAUUUAAACCUAGUGAGCCAAGACCAUUGUAUAUUCAAAAGAAUAUCUCCAGAGAGGAAGUCCAGUGGGGAGUGUUUGUUCCACGAGAUGUGCCUGAAUCAUUCACCUCCGAAGCUUACCAGUGGCUGAACAGAUCCCAGUUUUACUUCCUAACAAAGUCACAGAGUUUAUUGACAUUCAGUACAAAGUCUCCAGAAGAGAAACUCACACCAACAAGCAAACAGCUACUAGCAGAAGAAAGUCUUCCAACAACACCAUUUUAUUUCAUAUUGGGAAAGCACAGGGAACAGCAGGAUGAAAAAAUAAAUGAGGCUUUGGAGAGUGAACUAGUACAGCUACCCUUAACAGAAAACAUACCUGCAAUUAGCGAGCUUCUUCAUACUCCAGCCCAUGUAUUGCCAUCUGCUGCUUUCCUGUGCUCCAAGUUUGUAAAUUCAUUGUUGCUGUCUAAGGAGACAAAGAGUUGUGAAGAAACCCCUGAAGACGUAGAUAUGGAAGAAGAAAAAGAAAGUGACGAUUCAGAUGUAGAAAAUGAUUUUACUGAAAAGACCCAGGAUACAAACGACACAGAUUUGGGAGAAGACAUUAUACAUCAGUUGUCAAAAUCUGAAGAGAAAGAACUAAGAAAAUUCAGGAAAGUAGACUACAGCUGGAUAACUGUUCUUUGAUCCCUGGAGAUGGAAGGUUCUUGCAUUUUGUAUUUUUUUAUAUAUUGAUACUCCAAAAACAUCUAUUUUGAUGUUCUCUCUCCUUAAAAUAUUAAAUAUGAGCAGGCUUUACUUUUUAAAUAAUUGGCAAUUCAAGGCUGUGUUUGCAUCAUGCUUUGGAGUUACUGUGCAGUCAUAUACACGCCAUCUCAUUUUUAUUUUUUAUUUUGAGUUACAUCAGCCUUAGAAAUAGCUAUCUGCAAUUUGGAGAUACAAAGUUUUGAAAAUCAAAAAGUUUUUGUUGAUGAUACUGUUAAGUUUAAUGGCAAAAUUUAUUUGGUGGCCAAUAGGACCUGAACAAAUGUGAUGUUUUCUGUAGUCCUGCUUCGUACCUCUUAGUGUGUUUAUUUCUCAGAGAAAUUUAGAGAAAUAAUUUGAUUAUGUGGUGUUCCACAGGACCCCAUAUUAUAUUAAAUAAUGUGGGCUGCCUAAAAUCUGAAAAAUUCUGAAUUCAAAUCAUUUGGCCCCAGGUGUUUCAGAUAAGGGUUUAUCUACUCUACUUAUAAAUAUAACUUAUUUAGGAAAGCCUUGGAGGAUAUAAGAGCUGAUAUUACUUAGCCAUAACACUAACAAUGUAUACUGAGUCAAAGAACAACUACUUUUUAACCAAAGUCCAAUUGCUAGUAGAAUAGAAUCCAAGUCUCCGUAUUAUAUGUAAGUACUGAGGUGACUACUUUUUAACCAUUUAGCAUUUGGAGUUUUCCUAUUCUACUUCUAUUAAAUUGACAUUAAAAAGUUAACACAAAAACAGUAAAGUAUACAACUUUACAGUCCAAGGUAGUAACAUAGGAAGACCCUGAACUCCCUUCCUCCAUGGACACACCAAAUCUAUACUAUUUCUGGAGCACUUCCUCAGAAGAACUGAGGGCUGACUGAACAGCUUCUGCACAACCAAAGGUAGACUACAUGCAGAACAGCAAGAGAGACACAGUAAUGAAGAGAACACUUACCCCCAGCACUGCAGACUGCGCUGGGGUGGGAUAAUACUGAGGAAUCACAUGCAAGCAGAUUUGUCUGCCCCGGGUCACAGGAAAAAAAGCCAUGGUUUAAAAGUGCAACUAGAAUAUAAGUAUUCAGCCCUAGAACUUUGCCAGCUGGUGGGAAAGCCGCUGGAACUUUCUCCAAGUUGGAGGGCCUGGUGAGUGCCUCUCCAUAUUCUCUCUCCAUAUUUGAUAGCAGGGAUGGGAACAAGGUUAGGGCACCCUAACCAGCCUACCACUUCAAUGAGCCCCUAGCCCAUACCAGCCCCAGCCAUCCCACCAAAGUGGCCCCAGUGUGGUAUACACUGGAUACUUCUGUUCAGUCUUCACUGUGGUUCCAGGCAUCUUGCCAAGGUGUCACAGGUGCAAGGCACCCUGGAAUAUUCCAUGCCCAAAUAUCCCACCAGAACAGCACCAGCAGAGUUCAGUGGGAUCUCCAGCCUGUGCUAGCCAUAGCGCCAGCCAGCCAAAGUCAGCAGACAUACAGUUUAUACAGAAGAUGACCAUACACAAGACCAUUCCUUCAAGUUUAAGAGAAGUAGCUGAUCCACUUAAUAUAUAGAAACACAGUGAAGCAAAAUGAGACAGAAAUACACUCCAAAUGAACAAGACAAAACCUCAGAGAACUAAAUGAAAUGGCGAUAGACAAUAUGCCUGAUAGAAUUUGAAGUAAUGAUCAUAAAGAUGCUCACCAGACUGGAGAGAAGAGUAAAAUAACUUUUCAAUAAAGAGAAAAUACAGAAAACCAAUUAGAAUUGAAUGCAAUAACGUGAAAAAUAAACUAGAGGGAAUCAACAGAUUAGAGAUUUGGCGAUCUGGAAGACAAGCUAAUGGAAAGGACCCAAGCUGAGCAGCAAAAAAAAAAAAAAAAGUACAAAAUGAGGAUUGGGUAAGAAAUAUGUUGGAUAAUAUCAGGCCAACAAACAUUCACAUAUAGGGGACCCAAAAGAGAGAACGUUUCAGGCAGAAAACUUAUUUGAAGAGAGAAUAGCUGAAAACUUCCCUGACCUGAAGAAGGAAGACACCCAGGUUCAGGAAGCACAAAGAGUUCCAAACAAAAGGAACCCAAGGAGGUCCACACCAAGACACAUAAUUAAAAUGUCAAAGAUUAAAGACAGAAAAUUUUAAAAGCAG